AUGAUGAUCUUUUCCUGGGCCUCGUCGGUGACAACGACGUCAGGGCCGCUGCGCCUGCGCAGUCACUGCUCUGUGCCUACCGGUCCAGAGCCGCCCGGCGGGUGGGAGAGCGGGACGGAGGGUCCGGGCGGCAGCAGCAGCAGGGCCCUGCGGGCCGGCCCCGCCGCCGCUUCCUCCUCGCCCCCCCAGCUGACGCUGCUGGUGAUGCAGCCGUGCAGCGGCGACGAGGAGGCGGCGGGGGGCAUCGGGCGGCACCGGGGCCCCGCGCAGGCCCCGGAGACCUCCGGAGGCCUCGUGUUCCUGUGCGAGGUGUGCCCCAGCGAGGGCGAAGGGGACGCGGCCGAGGAGGGCGAGCCGGCGGGCGGCGAGAGCACGGCCAGCCCCGAGGAGCUGGAGGACGAGGAGGCGGCGGCGGCCUCCGGCGGGGAGGGCCCCGCGGGAGGCGAGGGCUGCAAGAGCUGCACGUACCAGGGCUGCAGCGAGACCACCACGCAGGUGGCCAAGCAGCGCAAGCCCUGGAUGUGCAAGCGCCACCGCAACAAGAUGUACAAGGACAAGUACAAGCGCAAGAAGAGCGACCAGGCCCUGGGCGGGGCCGGGGCGCCCCCAGCGCAGGGCGGGGCUGCCACCCCGGGGGGCAGCGCGCGGGCCGAGGAUUGCGUUGAAGGUUCAGUUUCUGUUACAAAACAAAGAACAGGGUCUAUUGGAGAUCGCCCAGCAAGACCUACUCUUUUAGAACAAGUAUUGAAUCAGAAAAGGCUGUCAUUAUUAAGAAGUCCGGAGGUGGUACAGUUUCUGCAGAAACAGCAGCAGCUGCUAAGUCAACAAGCUUUGGAACAAAGGCAGCAGCAACAGUUUCCAGGAGCACCUGUGUGAUGGGGACAAAGAUCUGCAGCAGAAUCUUAUGCUGAAGUGGUGGAGGGAUAUGUA